GACUGUGGGAAGAAUUUCACAACAUCAACUGAGCUAAAAGUUCAUCAGAGAACACACAUAGGAGAGAAGCCUUACUCCUGCUCUGACUGUGUAAAGUACUUCAAAACAUCAACUGAGCUAAAAGUUCAUCAGAGAACACACAUAAGAGAGAAGCCUUACUCCUGCUCUGACUGUGUAAAGUACUUCAAAACAUCAACUGAGCUAAAAGUUCAUCAGAGAACACACAUAAGAGAGAAGCCUUACUUCUGCUCUGACUGUGGGAAGAAUUUCUCUCAAUGGAAAAGCUUAAAAUCACACCAACCGAUACACACAGGAGAGAAGCCUUACUCCUGCUCUGACUGUGGGACAAGUUUCUCUCAACUGAGCCACUUAAAAACACAUGAACGUAAACACACAGGAGAGAAGCCUUACUCCUGCUCUGACUGUGUAAAGUGCUUCAAAACAUCAACUGAGCUAAAGGUUCAUCAGAGAACACACACAGGAGAGAAGCCUUACUCCUGCUCUGACUGUGGGACAAGUUUCUCUCAACUGAGCCACUUAAAAUCACACCAACGGAUACACACAGGAGAGAAGCCUUACUUCUGCUCUGACUGUGGGAAGAAUUUCUCUCAACAGGAAAGCUUAAAAUCACACCAACGGAUACACACAGGAGAGAAGCCUUACUCCUGCUCUGACUGUGGGACAAGUUUCUCUCAACCGGUCCACUUAAAAAAACAUGAACGGAUACACACAGGAGAGAAGCCUUACUCCUGCUCUGACUGCGGGAAGAGUUUCUCUCGACCGGACUACUUAAAAAAACAUGAACGGAUACACACAGGAGAGAAGCCUUACUCCUGCUCUGACUGCGGGAAGAGUUUCUCUCGACUGUGCCACUUAAAACAACAUGAACGGAUACACACAGGAGAGAAGCCUUACUUCUGCUCUGACUGUGGGAAGAAUUUCUCUCAACGGGAAAGCUUAAAAUCUCACAAACGGAUACACACAGGUGAGAAGCCUUACUCCUGCUCUGACUGUGGGACAAGUUUCUCUCAACUCUGCAACUUAAAAAAACAUGAACGUAUACACACAGGAGAGAAGCCUUACUCCUGCUCUGACUGUUUAAAAUGCUUCACAACAUCAACUGAGCUAAAAGUUCAUCAGAGAACACACACAGGUGAGAAGCCUUAUUCCUGCUCUGACUGUGGGAAGAGCUUCAGAACAUCAGCGGCUCUGACAAUUCAUCAGCGUGUGCACACUGGAGAGAAGCCUUACUCCUGCUCUGACUGA